GUCAACAACCGGAACCCAGAAAACCGCAAGUUUCGGAACCGGUCAGGUCGCCGUACCCCGCGGUGUGUCCUGGGCUCAGGCGGGAUGGGAGAGCCGCAAAGAACUACAACUUUGGAUCUCCAAAGCCUUACUUCAAUCAUGGACUGGAGGGGAAACCCGGAUUGAGACAGUUGAACCUGUUCAAAGCUACGGCGAGCAAGUACAGGAGCCUGGCUAGACCUGAGCUGGGUCCUGAGCUCAACUGGUCCCUUGCGAGACCUCCCAGAGUCACUGUCAAGCAUGUGGUCAGUGUGCUGAUGAUGAUGUCAGGUGCUGAGCUGAGCUGCUGUUGGGGUGCAAUGCUGUAUGAGCCCAUGGCUGAGAGCUCCCUCUACCGGCAGCGACUGGAGGUAAUCGCGGAGAAGCGGCGGCUGCAGGAAGAGAUCCGUGUGGCUCGCGGGGAGCUGGAGGAGGAGAAAUUCCGCGUGGAGCGGCUCAAGAGAAAGUCUCUUCGGGAGCGGUGGCUAAUGGACGGAGCUGAGGGACCUGAGGGACCAGAGGACGCCAACUUGCAGGAUACCCAGUCUGCCGAGGGCCAGGCGCAGGCCCGCAUCCGGAACCUGGAAGACAGCUUGUUCACACUCCAGUCUCAGCUGCAACUGUUGCAAAGUGCAUCCACAGGUGCCCAGCACAAGCCCUCUGGCAGGCCUGCCUGGCGCAGACAGAGUCAUCGUCCACUCUCCCAGCCCACCGUGGAGGCAGGUACUACAGACCAGACUGAUCUGAACAAGAGAGCCUCCUUGCCAGCCGAACCAGUGGACACAUCUCUGGAGUCCCCAUCUGAGCCCAGAGAUGAAGCUGUUGGGGUUCUGGCAGCCCCGAGGCAUGUCCCUGGGGCAGCAGGGGCCUCCUCAGAAGCCAAUGGCCCCUGCCUCCGACCCAGCCCUACUCCAGAGCAGGAGCAGGGUCAGGGGGUGACAGCAUCUGAUGGGGGUGGGGGUGAGGCCAAAGGAGGGGGUGUGGUGAAGGUGGUGUGGGAGGGGCUGAGGGCCACAGAGGACUGUGCCAGGGGGGCCACAGGCCCAGAGCUGGAGGCUAAAGUGGAGGAGAUGGUUCUGGAAGCCAUUGGGGACAGGCUGGAAGCCAACCGUCCAGAACUUCCAUCCUGGGUGAAGGAGGACAGGGGCGUCGUGGAGGUGGUCUGGGAAGGGGUGGGAGGCACAGAGGGCAGUGACUCAGAGGCUGCAGGAGAGGUGGACAGGGGCCCGCAGACUGCACAGACCAGCCCACUGAGGCUCCAGGAGAGACUAGAGGGAACAGCUUCUGUAGAAGGGGAAGGGGGCCCCAGGGGCAGCCCUGAUGGCUUCAGGCAAGGGGGCUCUGGAGGAGAGGAGGGAUCCUUCAUUUGGGUGGAGAGAGUGACCCUCAGUGAGGAAUGGGAGGAACUGCUGGUGGAGGGGUUGGAAGGGCGGAGGGCACUGGGGAAGGAGGAAGGAGAUGAGAGUCCUCUGGGGGUGAAGAGGUUGGGAGGGGCAGAAACCUGGGAAGCGGAGAGGAGACAGGCAGAGGAAUCGGUGGACACAUUGAAGAAAGGAAAUGAGGAAAAGGCAGAGGAAAAAGGAGGGGCAAAGUGGGAAGGGGUGGAGACGUCGCUGAUGGUGGAGAGGAAAGGAAGGGAGGACCCUUUGGAGCCAGAGAGAAGAGGUGGUGAAGGAAAGGUAGAGACAGAGAGGAAGGGCGUUGAGGAACCAUUGGGAGUAGAAUGCAAGGCAACUGAGGGACCACUGAGGGCAGAGAAGGAGAGAGGUGAGGAAAAGCUCAGGGAGGAGGAGAAGGAAGUUGAGGAACCAUUGGUUGUAGAGAAGAAAGAAGAAGAAAAAACAGGAGAUGAGGAGCCAUUGGAUGCAGAGAAAAAAGGAAAUGAGGAAUCAAUGACAGCAGAGAGAACAGGAGGUGAGGAGCCAUUGCAGGCAGAGAAGACCCAAGAGAUCAAGGAAGAUGUAAAUCCAGAAGAGCAGGACAAGUCAGGAAAAGGAAAUGAAUGUCAGGCAGAAGAGGUGAGUGAAGCAGGGGCUCCCCUGGGGGCCAAGGAAGAGCUAAGGCCAGAGGAGGAAGGACCACAGAAGCCCCAGGAGAAGCAGGAAGGCUCCCUGGAGGAGGAAGCAGUGAAGCCCCAAACCCCUGCUGAGGGCCAGGACCCCUCACAGGAUGCCACCCCCCUCCUGGCAGAGACCCCAGCUCCUGAGCAGCCCACCGAGUGCCAGCCACUGCUUCCAGUGGAGGGGCCCAGGGCCAACCCCAGUGCCCGCCCUGUGCCCACCUAUGCACCUGCCCAGCAGCCCGAGCCAUCUGCUCCUCCUGAGGGUGAAGAAGCAAGUGGUCCUAAGCAAAAAACGUGCCAGUGUUGUGCGGUGAUGUGAGUCUAUGCCCUCCACCCCACACCUCGCUCCUCUCACAGCUACCUCGGCCUCCUGGCAUCCAGCAGAGGGUCCCAGGCGCAGACAGGGCAUAUGGGACU